UGUUCUGCAGUUUCAAAUGGUUCGUAACUGAAUUCGAAUCAAAGUUGGUAUACCGUUAGAAUCAAGUGACUCUUGUAGCGAUUGUCAUCAAAAAUAUUUUUCUUCAUUAUUCACGCGAAAAAAAAAAACUUACAAAUUUAUUAUAAAUUUUUUUUACUAUAAAUUUAUAAUUUUUAUAAUUAUAAAAAAAAAUAACUACAAUUAUUUAAAUUUUUUAUUAUUUAAUAAAAAUGUUUUGUGAAUCAAAAAAUGUGUUUUUCUGGUGAUUGUGAUUUUGUGUAAAACAAAAAAAAAUAUUUGAAAGGAAAAUUUUAUGAUGUGGAAUUUUUUUUCAAAUUUGGAAAAAAUUAGAGCAAACAAUUUUUAUUUUCUUGAUAAUGUCUAGCGGAUACUUUUAAAUUCAUAGGAUGCACAUAAAUAUAUUCUGGCUUUUUAUAAUUUUAAUGAUGCUAGAAAGGACCACUCAGUAUCGUGAACAAUACAAGAGAAAAAGGCCUUACAAAAUUGGAUCACGAUAUAGACCAAAACCAUAUUAUAGACCGAGAUGGCAUCCAUCACCUCGUAAACGUUAUAAACCUCCAGCCAGAUAUACAUACUACAACACUCAUAGACCACAUUAUUCGAGAUCUCCAUCUUCAUAUUACAUGGAAAACGAUUACAUUGAGGAUCAAAGUCAACAUCAACCAUAUGUUAUUGAAAUAGAAUUACCAAAAAAACAUGGGAAAAUGAAUAAUCGAUAUUUAGAUCGGCAUUAUGAUCGUAAUGUAUUAUAUGAUGAUGAUUAUUUGGAAGAUGAUGAUGAUUAUGUGCCAAAAUAUGGACAUAGACGAUUUAGAUUAAAAGGAAAUAAAGGAUCGAAUCCAAAAUUAAGAAUCAAAAUUUCAAGAGUUGACAAUAAAGAUGAAUCGGAGGAAUUAAAUUCACAAGAAUUAAUGAAUUCCAUGUUAUCAUUACAGGGAACACAAAUUGUUCCUACAGAACAAUCGUCUGAAAUUGAUUGGUAUUCAACAAAACAACCACAAAUUUUCCCCACUAUUGACAAUAAUUUUGCUACAUCACCAAUUUUUGACUUUAAACAAUCACAUUUUCCAUGAUAUAUCCUAAUAUAUUUAUAUUUAUACAAAAAAAAUAUAUAUAUAAUAUAUAUUUAUUUUAUUUAAAAAUUUAAAAUAUUUCGAACUAAAAUGAAAUUCAUUCUACCUACCCCAUAAAAAAAAAAACCCUUUUUUUUAAAAUAAAUAUUAAUUUAUUAUGAUGAAUUCGCGAAUUAAAAUUGAAAUAGAGCAGAAUUUUCGGUUCUGUUUUAUUUCUAACAUAAUAGUCAACGAACAUAUAUAAUAUAUUUAUAUAAUAAUAAUAUAUAGUCAUUCGUAAUAAAUAAUUAUUGCUUAUAAUAAUUAAUAGUAUUAUACAUUAUUUUCGGUUUUUGUAACAUGGUUUUGCACAACAUCAAUAACAUGCGCUCUUGUUUUACAAUAUUUUGGGAAUUUACAUUUUUCUACAAAAAAUCAUUUUUUUUUUUUCAUCUAAAUGAUACUUAUAUUAUACAAUUUUUCUUGACAAUAGAAAAAUAUUGAUAGAAAAUUUUUUCGAUUUAUCGACUUAAUAUUUAUCGAUAUAAAAUUUUUUUCAGCGCAAAAAUAUUUCGAUUAUAUACUUUUAUCGACAGUUGGUAAUUUUAUCUAUGCAAAGCUUAUCGUUAACGAGUUUUGUCGAUAAUUAAAAAAAAAUGACAUUACCGACUGUUGAUAAUUUUUACCGAUAUCGGAUUUGUCGAUAAUAAAAUUACUUUAUCGACCAAUCAUCAUUUGAAUAUUUAAUUUUUCGACUGUUUAUAAUUUUACAUACGUGAAUCUUAUUAAUAUUGAACAGAUUGAUUUGAAUAUGUAAUUUUAUCGAUAUUGUUAUAAUUUUAUCAAUUGAAAAAAAGUGACUUAUAUCACAAGAGAUCUUAAAGUGAUUUUAAAAUUAAAAUUCGUACAUUAAUGAAACAUUUUCUCAAACAAAUUGUAUAGAGAAAAAAAUAUUGAAUAUUCGUUGUCUGAAAUUUUUAACUAUUAUUAAUUUUUGUAUUUAUUUAAAAAAAAUGAAUGUCUUCUAGAAAAAUGCAAAGAUUCCCAAUUUUUUUAAAUGUAUCAUUUUUUAAAUAUAUUUUACAGCCUUUUUUAUUAACAUAGGUGCGCAUCUAUUUCACGUUCACAUAAAUCACUACGACACAGUGAUAUUUAGUGAAUCGUAUUAUCUUCAUUUUUUUUUUUAAAUUCGCUUUUUUGCGUCUUUUUUAAAAGACUUUUCUGACUGAUCAUUCAUACGCGACGAUUAUAUAAACAUAGAAACACAAACAUACAUGUUUUUAUCUACAUGUUAUAAUUAAUCGCGACGUUACUAAGUACUCGAGUAAAAUGAUGCGUAAAAUUAUUAAUUUUGCUCUUUUUUCAUAUAAUAAUAAUAAUAAUCUAUGCUUUAUUUUUUUUAACGAAGCACUGCGGAUUUUUGUGUUUUUUUUUCUCUUCUUUAGGAAGCAUUUAUUAAAAAUCUUUUCCACUUUUUUUUAAAAAAGUAUUAUAUUGUUUUGUGUGUGUGUAAUAAUUUUUGGUUUUUAAAUUUAUUUAACUUUUUUUUUUAAAUAUAUAAUUAUGCAUAUAUCUCAUGGUUCAAGUCGAACUUACUGGUUUCGAUUUGUCGAACCCACUUUUAUCUCAGACGCUUUAUUGAUAAAAUGAAAGUAAAACUUUGUACAAAAUAAAAGUAUUAUUUACUUCUUUUUUUUUUUAAUUAAACAAGUAAAAAAUAAAUAAAUAAAAAAAAAAUAAAAAUUUAUUUAAAAAAAUAACUAAAUACUUAUUUAGCUCUGAGAAAUUAAUUUAAAAAACUGAUAAACGUCUACAUUUAAUGGCAACUUAUUGGAGAUAGUUUCUUAUAUUCAUUAUUCAUUAAUAAUAAUCAGUCGAUGCAAAAAUAAAACUCAUGUUUCAUUUUACAUAUUACAAACGAACUUUUCAUUUAUACCUUAUAAAAUAUUACGAACUGCACUAUAAUUUUUUUUCAUUUUUUUAUGUUUUUCAAAAUUAUACAUUAAAUAAGCUAAAAAUUCUAAAAAUAAUCCCCGAUUUCUAAUAAAUAACAAUUUUUAUCGUCAUGUGAAAGGAUAAAGGAAUUUUAAAAAUUUAAUAUCCAAAUUUAUGCAAAAUUGAUAAAAAUUGUGUAUUAUUUAUUGACGUAAUUAAAAAAAGAAGAUAUCAAAAAAAAAAUAAUUUACUUUAAAUUAAAAUGGUAUCAAAUACUAAUAUUAAAUAUCUAUGAAUGAAAAUUCUUUAUUUAAAUUAAACUUUGAAUCCAAUGAAAUGCCACACGCAUUCCUCUCAUAAUCUCUCUAUAAUUGGCUUUACGUUGAGGAAUUUUUCAUUAACAAUGAUUGGAUGAUGGAAAUCCUCUUUGUGUAAAUUUCUUCUCUCAUAAUAAAAUGAAAAAUAACUAUCAAUUCAAUUAAAAAAAAAUACAAUAAUUAAUAAAAAAAAAAAAAAUCAAUUUAUUUAUUGUGCUCACUAAUUAAUUAUUUAUUUGAUCCUAGUGCAAUUUAAAUUUAUCGUCAAUUAAUAAAUUAGAGUAUAAAACAAAUUUAAUUUGAUUUAAAAUAAUUAAAUGAAUUGUUCCUUUUUAAUGUUUUAAAUUGAAUGCAAAGUUAUUAAAUUUUAUUGAAAUUGAAAGAUUUUAAUUAAAAAAUUUUUUUUCCACUUUGAAUAUAUUUUUAAAUCCCUCUUAUUCUUCACAUGAUCGUAAAAAAUGAUAAUAGUUAAUAAUAAAAGCAAGAAAUAAUAAUAAUAAUAAUAAUAAUAAUAAUAAUAAUAAUAAUGUCAAAAAUAAUAUUAAUAAAUGUUUACUUGGAACAACUAAAAUAUUUACUGGGGUGGCUAAAUAUUUUUCUAAAACAGUUGAAGUUUUAUCUGUUGUAGAGAAAAUUUUAAUUGUUUCUGGUAUAAAUUUCUUUACAGUAAAUUAUAAAAUAAUAAAUAAAAUAAUGAAAUACCUUGUGUUAAAGUGCAGCAUUGUGAAAAGACAACAUGUGAAAUGAA